AUGAGGAGAGUUAGAGCUGUGCUUGUGUUGGUUUUAUGGCGUUAUGAGGACUUCUGUCAUAGGUGCUUUGCUCAAUCUCUGCUGGGGCUUCUAGGCUUCAUUAUCUGCUGCACUGCUGUAGCUCUGGCCUUUGGUGGAGUUUUGGUGAUCCUGAUGAACAAGAACUACAGUUACUUAUUUCAGGGGUCUUUCCUGUCUCUCCUUGACUGGAUGGUUGCUGCAGCUGCACUUAUUGUGCUAUCUAUUGGAGUUUUGGCUAUCUCUAUUUCUGCUAAGAGCUCCCACUAUCAACGAGGGACUCUCAUGUACUUAUUGCUGAUCCUUCUUUGCUUAGAAAUAUCUUUGGUGGUUCUGGCACAGCUUUAGUCUAUUUGGAUAGCUUCUGAGCUGAAAAACAUUAUGGAUCAGCUUGUCAAUCAGUACAAUGGGACAUGCUCCCAGGAAUCUGGCAGCAAGGCUGUGGAUGAGGUACAGAGGAAGCUGUGGUGUUGUGGAAUUCAAAACUACAUGGACUGGCUAAAGACAACAACUGCUUCUUGGCAUCUUCCAGCUGAAAGCGCUGGUGUACCUGAAAGCUGCUGUAAGAAGUAUUCUCACUGCAAGGGUGACUUGGGACAUCUAGAGCAGAUUUUUCAGGAAGGCUGUCUAAAGAAGCUGGAAGACCAUCUGCAUUUUGUCAUGCUCUAUUUGUUUUGGUGCUGUGUUGUGCUAAGUGUCUUAGGGCUGAUGGCUUGUGUCAGUAAUGGAAUCCUCAUGAGGCCUCAGCCUUUACAUGAACUCCACAUUUUUGAAACAUCAAUCUUCUCAUAA